AUGGCUCAUCCGCGCGUUGCACUAUGGGCUGCCGAACCAGAUCUUGACGAUGACAUUAACGAUGCCGAUGUCGACAUCCCCAUUCCGAUUCCUCCGUCAACCAAUGAAAUGUACGAUGACCCAAAUCUUCAGCUCGACGAAGGCUCCUUGCAAGCAAUGCAACAGCACAUCGCGCAGCAAGCUGCAUUUGAACAAAUUCCAGACAUCGUCAAGCGCUUUAUCGUCCAUUUUCACCAAGCCGUCUUGGACAAUAACCUCCAGGAGGUAACUCUCGCUUACGAGUCAGGCUGGACUCGUCUCACCGAGAAAUACUAUGCAAAAACGGAGUGGCCAGAGGCGGAGACCAUUGCACCAUUAGUCAACGAUGAUCAAAUCUUCCUCAUCCUGUAUCGUGAACUGUACUACCGACAUGUGUACUCAAGGCUUCAACCCAACGUAGACGACCGGUUCCACUCAUAUGAGAAUAGCUGCGAGCUCUUCAACUACCUCCUUAACUCCGACGGUCCUGUUCCACUAUCCCUCCCUGCAAACUGGUUGUGGGACAUUAUUGACGAGUUCAUCUAUCAGUUCCAAUCAUUCGCUCUUUUCCGCUCGCGUCCUGCGUCAAAAACUGACGAUGAGCUGACCAUGCUCGGCUCAGAGGGCGGUGCCCAAGCUUGGAGUUCGUAUUCCGUGCUCAAUGUCUUGUAUUCGCUUAUCCAAAAGAGUCGCGUGAAUGAAUGGCUCAAAGCACGUGCAGAGGGGAAAAGCGAUGAGGAAAUAGAAGAAAUAGUUGGCGAAUACGGAACGAAGCCUUUGUAUCGCAUGCUUGGAUAUUUCUCCAUAAUCGGCCUUCUGCGCGUGCAUGUUCUGCUCGGUGAUUUCACGCUUGCCUUGAAGGUCAUGGAAAACGUCGGACUCGGUCAAAAAGCUCCCUUCACGGCGCCUACAGCUGUGCACGUCUCUACCGCCUAUCAUGCUGGUAUAUGUUACUUUAUGCUGCGAAGGAUUCCCGAUGCAGCUCGUGUUUUCACUGGCGUUCUUAACUGGGUGAUGCGCGCGCGGCAAUAUCACACUCGCAGUUACCAAUACGAUCAAAUCAACAAAACGGCAGAUCGGAUGUAUGCUCUGCUAGCGCUUUGCCAUGUGCUUGCGCCGACCAGGCUUGAUGACAACGUAAUGAAUAUUGUGCGUGAGCGAUAUGGCGACCAAAUUGGACGUAUGGGCCGAGGCUGUUCUUGUAUGCCUGUCCCAAAUUUAUCUGUGCCCAAUUCCCCGCCAUAUGACGACCCUGCCGCGCUCGCUUUGAUGCUCAUCCCACCAACGCCGACCUCCCCAUCCUCGCAGAACCCUAGCGUAGUCCUUGGUGAUCCAACCCAGCGACACCUCCGGGCUGCGUCAUCUCAUUUCAUCCUUAAGAGUCUCCUGAAGCUCUACACAAGUCUUGAUGCACAGAAACUUACUGGCUUCCUGGAUACAUCUGGUGCUGGUGUAGACGAAGAGGAGGGAUCAAGACCUUCUGAGAGUUUACUUGAUGGCGAGUGGAUGUCCAUAAGUGACUUGAACUUCGUGAUAGAUCAAAAUAUGGUCCACAUCGCUGAGUCAACAGUUGGCCGGCGAUAUGCAGGGUGGUUCAUCCGUAAUUCUGAGCAUGCAGCGCGCGUGCUCGACGGCAUAAAAAAGCAUCGCCAUUACCACCACGUACAGCCCCUACUCAGGUUCAGAAAAAGAGUGGUGAUGGACCAAAAGCAGAGAGCGCACCGAGAACGACUGGACAGAAGGUUGCAUGGGGUGGGGGUCAAAGUUGCAUAA